CCCUCGGUCCGAUCAUCAAGGGAAAACCAACCUUUUAAAUCCUCACUUCUUUCCUUAUCCCCUCUGCCUGACUGAACUUCCCACCAAACCAACACCAACAGUCUCUCUCUCUCUAGAAAACGGUUUCAGUUUCUCUCUCUAGAAAACGGUUUCAGUCCCCAUCUCUCAGUCGGAUUCUUUAGAGGAAGUUCUCAUGGCGAUGGAGAGCUCCAACAACCCACUGGUACCGCCGCCAGCUCCCUCCCUCCCCCAGUACCCAGAGCUGAUCAUGGCGGCCAUCGAGGCCCUGAACGACAGCAACGGGUCGAGCAAGUCGGCAAUCGCGAAGCACAUCGAGUCAACGUACGGCGAUCUGCCGGAAACUCACGCUGCGCUCCUCGCGCACCACCUCAACAUGAUGAAGGACACCGGCGAGCUCGUUCUGGUCAAGAACAACUACAUGAAGCCCGACCCCAACGCGCCGCCCAAGAGGGGCCGAGGCCGUCCGCCCAAGGCCAAGACCCCUCUCCCUCCUGGUACUGUCUCCUCGCCGCCCAGGCCACGCGGCAGGCCCCCGAAGCCCAGGGACCCUUUCGCUCCCCCACCGCAGCCCAAGAGCCAUUCCGGAACUGGAAGGCCACGUGGCCGCCCUCCCAAGAAGGCCAAAACGACACCGUCUUCUGCUCCAGCUCCCGCUUCGGCUACCGGUGCGCCGAGAGGCAGAGGCAGGCCGCCUAAGGUCAAGCAGACCGCCGUGGCGCCAGUUGGCUGUUGAGCUUAGCUCAGACAGCGAGAGAGAGAGAGAGUGCUAGGUUUUUUUUUUUUUUAAUUUUUUUUUUUAAUUAAUUUUUAAUUAGUGUGGUUAGAAUCUAGCUUUCGGCUAAUUGAUGGUUUAAAUACCGUUUUUAAUUAAUUUCUGCUUUCAAGUGGGCGUAUGUGGGUGAUGUGUCGGUGUUGUGAGGUUGUAACGUGUAACUCGCCAUGUAAAUUGUUCAGCGGCUUCUUAUGCUUUUCUGCCUUUUGCCUCUCUCUAGGUAAAAGAAAAAGGGGUUAAAAUUAAAACCAGACUGAUUCUGAUUUA